AUGAAAGCAAAAUUUGAUACCAAUACUUUUAUAAAACACUAUGAUGUAUUCAGUCGAAGCUAUUUAAUUGAAACCAAAACCAAAGAACGAAAGAAUGAAGCAAAUUACUGUGUCUGCUCCAUCCGAACUUAUAGGAUCUUGCCUAAACCUAUAAUCAAGCCAGUCGAAAUCCCGUUACCAAAGCUUUCUCCAUGCUUCAUAGGAUCAUCUCUUUAUUGCUCAAUACUAAAAGCUUAUUAUUCUUAUGUGCCUAAGUCUUAUUGAUUUAAAACUAAAUCAUUUGAAGUAAAAAUAAAGCCGCUGGUAAAUAUAGAAAUAUCAAAAGAUGACCAUGCAAGCAGCUUAAAUAAGGCUUCUAACAUUACACCUGAUAUUAUACCAAAUUUUGACAAUGCUCUAAUGUGCAACAAUAUUGUUGUGGUUAAAGCAGAAUUUUUUCCUUUAAAAAAGCCUCAAAGUCCUUUAUGUGUUGAUCUCUCUUUUUAUGCGUCGCUAAAAUUGACUAUAAAUUCUCAAUUUUCUGAUAAAAGUAUUGAAUGAAUAACAGGAGAGUCUUCAGAAAGAAUAAUAAAGAAAAAGCUUAAAGCAAAGACUGGCCAUUCUAAAGCUAGAAUUAGCCAGAUAGAUGAUCAUUUUAUAUGUUUUGUUUGUAAAGAAAUUGUAAAAAAGCCUAAAGAAUGUGCAAACUGUGAGCAUUUAUUUUGUGAAUUUUGCUCAAUUACUCUAAAAGAAUGUCCAUACGGUUGCAAUGAAUUGGCUUUCCGAGAUCCCUCUGCAUAUGUAUUGAGGAUUUAUAACAAGUUUAAGCUUAAAUGUUCGCGUUUUGAAUUUGGGUGCUCUUUUAUAGGGUCAUUUAAAGAACUGGAAUUGCAUAGAAUUAAUUGCUUAUAUAAAACUGUGAAAUGCAAUGCUGGACUCUGCAAAAAUUUUUUCAUAAGAAAAAAUAAAUGACAAAACUCAGGUACCUGCAGUGAAAUAUGUAGCUAUACGAACACAUUUAAAAAUAAGCUGGAGGAAGGCUCAAGAAGCAAUAUUCUUGAGUCUUUUUCAAAUUUUAUUCAAAAAGUUUAUGAAAGCAGUAGUAGGGAUUCUAAAGAAAAAAUAAAGAAGCUUGAAAUGGAAAAGCGUUUAAAAAUAAGGAAAUUUGAACUGAUAAAAAUGAGGAGAGAAGAUCUUCUCUCUGAGCUCGAAAUGACACGAAAACUAUACCACCCUGGAAAAUGGAGAGUUAAUGCCAAAUGCUGGACUUGUUGCUAUUGCACCAGUAAACAAGCCCAUGGAUGCAAAAGAAUUAAUUAG